AGACGAGAAUCAGCUGUCAUAUACUAAAAGUCACCACCCUACCAACCCAAAAAGCAUUUCAUCUUUCCUCCAUCCGUCCUAACACUUCAAUAACCUUCAUUGCAGAACUCCUUCCUGAAUUAUUUUCUUGAGCACUUUUCCUGUUGUUUAAGGUACCUACACACCCCACCUAUUUCAAUGCAAGAAACUUCAAGCCCAGCUUAAAACCCCACUUGAUUGCUUCACCGGCUGUGAGCAGUACCUCCUUCUCUCUUUCCCCCUCCCUCCAUCCUCCCCUCCCUCCUUCAGUGUUAAAAACAUCAUAUCAUUUUAGCCAAGAGGAAGUUCUUCUAUAUUCUCUAAUAUUCCUUGCUAAAAGUCAGAUGGUUUGUCUGGUCCGCCAAUAGCCCCAGCGUCUCCAAAUCUGAAAUCACCAAAAACAAACAGAGUUCUUGGCCUUCCAUUCAGAGAAUGGGACGGCAUCCGUGCUGCACCAAGCAGAAGCUAAGGAAAGGCCUGUGGUCACCUGAAGAAGAUGAGAAGCUCUACAACCACAUCAUUAGAUUUGGCAUUGGCUGUUGGAGCUCCGUGCCCAAGCAAGCAGGACUGGAAAGAUGUGGGAAGAGUUGUAGGCUGAGGUGGAUAAAUUACCUAAGGCCAGACCUUAAGAGAGGAAACUUCACGCAGCAGGAGGAGGAUUUGAUCAUAAGCCUGCAUGAAGUUUUAGGCAACAGGUGGUCUCAAAUUGCAGCACAAUUGCCAGGGAGAACCGAUAAUGAGAUCAAGAACUUUUGGAAUUCGAGCCUAAAGAAAAAGCUUAAGCAGAGAGGGAUCGACCCAAUCACCCACAAGCCAUUAAGUGAGACAGGAGCACAAGAAGAGAAGCCGAAACCCUGCGUGAAGCCCAUCUUCAAUCCAUUCGCCUCAUUCGAAUACCAAGCAGCUUUCAAUCCAGUCGAGACCAACGCAAACUUGUUCCACCAAUUCCAACAAACUUACAGACCUCUAGAGCAGAACGAAUUCAUGAUGAAUUUUGAUAACAGUUUUACCUCAAGACCCAACUCAGUGUAUUGCGAUUAUGGUGAAGCAUUAGAUAUUCCGGACAGUUGUGGAAUCCAAGAGAGUUUGAACGAUGGCAGCAAUUGGAACUGCAAUAUAGCAGCUCAGAUGAGCAGUGUGCUAGGAAAUGAGGUCUUGAAUUGGUGUUCUUCUGAGAUUAAGUUGGAAUCACCAAUUCGGACAGAGUUCGAGGCUUAUAAGAAGAGGCUGAAUCCAUGUCCAGGACUUCAACAUGUGGAGAGUUCAGAAGAAUUCAGUAGCUAUCUAACGACAUCGCGGUCCCAAGAUCUAUCUGAUGCAUGCUUCGAUAUUUCUCGGGGGGAGCUGGCUUGUGAAUUGAAAGGGAAUUUUCUUAGUUCUUAACACCCCCUUCCCCUCCCUCUAUUUGUCAGAGAUGUUGAUGGAAUAACGUUUGCAGAAUUAUAGGUGGAUCUUUUUUUAAAUUUUUCUCACGUCACUUUGUUCCAUAGGCCAGAAAAAAGCACGAAUAAUGUAUUUACAGAGGUGUGUAUGAUUUCAAAGCAUUGUUAUUUUGUAAGUAGUGGGUUUGCUGAAAUUGCAUCAUCUCUUCCUUUCAUGUGU